CCCCAUGCCGCCAGGGGGCGGUAAUCAGUAUUAGUAACCAGAAGAAGCCUGCCACCACAACACUACUGUUAGCAUUAGCUCUAGGACAGCGACAAAUAUUUUCGCACCAGCUUUGGAACAUUUUAACAGGUACGCUGGAAUUUUCUGACACCCACUCGGACAUGUCCUAUGUCUUCAUCAACGACUCGUCGCAGACUAAUGUGCCUCUGCUGCAGUCCUGCAUCGACGGAGACCUGCCCUUCGCCAAGAGGCUCCUGGAGACAGGAUGUGACCCCAACAUCCGGGACAACCGGGGACGCACAGGCCUGCACCUCGCGGCUGCACGGGGAAACGUAGACAUCUGUCGCCUCCUGCAUAAGUUUGGCGCCGAUUUGUUGGCGACAGACUAUCAAGGCAACACCGCUUUACAUCUGUGCGGGCACGUGGAUUCGAUACAGUUUCUGGUCUCAAACGGGCUGAAGAUUGAUAUUUGUAACCACAAUGGCUCGACUCCCCUGGUGCUGGCAAAAAGACGAGGCGUCAACAAGGAUGCCAUUCGUCUGCUGGAGGGACUGGAGGAGCAGGAGGUUAAAGGCUUCAACCGAGGCGCCCACUCAAAACUGGAAACCAUGCAGAUGGCCGACAGUGAGAGUGCCAUGGAGAGCCACUCCUUACUCAACCCCAACCUGCAAAACAGCGAAGGCGUGCUGUCCAGCUUCCGGACCACAUGGCAGGAGUUUGUGGAGGACCUGGGCUUCUGGAGGGUUCUCCUGCUGCUGGUGGUCAUCGCCCUCCUUUCCCUGGGCAUUGCCUACUAUGUCAGCGGAGUGCUGCCAUUCUCCACCAGCCAGCUCGAGCUGGUUCACUGAGUGAACAUCUAAAAUUCUACUGGCUGUAUUCUGAGCAGUACACCAGAGUGUUGUAUUCUAAAGGGGUUACCACCCGCCCAGCGUGCCCUGUUGGUAUGUGUCUCAUGUCACCAUUACUACCUUCUAAAAUGAACUCAAUUUACGAUUCUUUCCAUUCCUUUUUGCUGUACCUUUCUUUUGCUCUCCCCUCGUGUUAUUAUUGAUCGUCAUCAACCAUGUGUAAAGCAGCAUUAUACAUUGCAGGAAGCUGCAUCUCCUGCACAUACUUUGUGUUUUUUGUGUUCAUUAUUAAGACAUUUCCCGCAAGCAUGCCGCUUUGCAGUAUAGUUGAGGUAAUGGUACUUUUAUUUGUAAUGUGUACAAUGUACAGCUGUGUUGACUGACAUGAUUAAAUAAAAUAAAUGCCUGAUUAUAA